AUGGGCGACAUCAAGCUCAGCACAGAAGGCUCCGACCUUCCCUCUCCCGCCUCCACACCCCCCGCACCCCGAUCCAACAAGCCGUUCCUCGCCUUACUCUCCCUAUUCGGCGUCCUCGCCCUCCUCUCACAAUCCUCCAUCCCUCUCCCCAAAUUCUUCUCGUCCGCAUCUUGCAGGAACCACGCCCACUCCGCGACAGCUCUGGCCGCUCUGGAAGCUGCCAAAUGCCCCGCUCAGCCUAAAUCAAUCAAUAUCGGUACGGACUGGGAUAUCCUGCACGACGAGGCGUACGCCGAGCUUGCCGCGCGCAGGCUAUCGCAGGCGGUCCAGCACGAAACCAUCUCAUAUGAUGAUUUCACGACCAUGCCGGCGAACGAUACGGCGCUGGACAAGCACUAUGUCUUUGCCGACUGGAUGUACAAUGAGUACCCCAAGGUGUUCAAGACGCUCAAGCACGAGGUGGUCAAUUACCAUGGGCAGCUGUUGACGUGGGAAGGGAGCAAUCCGGCUCUGCAGCCGAUCAUCCUUAUGGCGCAUACGGAUGUCGUGCCUGUACCGGAGGAUACGAUCGGGCAGUGGACGUACCCGCCGUUCGAAGGGCGGAUUGUUGUCAAUGCGACAGAGGACACGCCGGGGACGUGGAUAUGGGGACGUGGCGCGAGUGAUUGUAAGAACCAGUUGAUGGGGAUCUUGGGGGCGGCAGAGAGGCUGGUUACAGAGGGAUUUAAGCCGGAGCGGACAAUCAUCAUCGCGAGCGGGUUUGACGAGGAGAUUGGCGGUGCCCAUGGUGCUGGCGAACUCGGCAAAGUGCUUCAGAGCCGAUACGGCGACAAUUCUGUUGCGUUCCUGCUCGAUGAAGGCUUUGACGGGGUGUCGCAGCAGUACGGCGCCCAGGUCGCAAGCUUCGGGAUGGCCGAGAAGGGCGCCAUCACCGCCGUUCAGAUCAAGGUCGAGACGCCCGGAGGCCACUCCAGUGUCCCGCCCAAGCACACCGGCAUCGGAAUCAUGUCGCUCCUCAUCUCGCAGCUCGAAUCGCAUCCCUUCCACCCCUCCCUGCAGCCGGAAUCGCCCUACCUCAAAUGGCUCACCUGCAUGUCCGACUACGCCCCGGACUUCCCAGCUGGGAUGAAGCGACAAGUCAAGCAUCCCCGGAUGUGGCCCAAGCUCGCCCAUCAGCUGGCGCGGAGCGAUCGGCGGUUGAACAGCUUUUUGGCGACUACCCAGGCGGCGGAUCUGAUUAGGGGUGGUGUGAAGGUCAAUGCUCUGCCGGAGGUUGUUGAGGCCAAAGUCAACUAUCGUAUUGCCUUUACCUCCUCCGUAAACGCCACCCUCAAACACCUAACCGACGUCCUCAUCCCCUUCACCAAAAAGCUCGACUUUACCAUCUCCCCCUUUACCGACCCCCCCAACGGCAAGAAAUCAGCACAUCACAUCACCCUCUCGAUUGGCGAUGCGCACCCGCUCGAGCCGGCACCGAUCACGCCGGGGGAUACUGAGGCGUUCAAGCUGAUGGCUGGGACAGCCAAGCAUAUCUUUGGGGAGGAGACUAUUGUUGCUCCGAGUGGGAUGUAUGCCAAUACGGAUACGAGGUGGUUCUGGAACUUGACGAAAAACAUUUAUCGAUUCACCCCGGCGUUGAUCAACCCCAACUUUAAUGUUCAUACCGUUGACGAGAAAAUGCCACUGUCGGGCCACCUCAAUACCACGCGCUUCAUCUACAAGCUCAUCCGGAACUCGGAAGGGUGGAACACGGACGAGUAG